CGAUAAUAAAUCAAAAUCAAACUCGAAUCUUGCUCUAACCGAAACUAUUACAAAGGGUGCAGAGGUUUUGAUUUUGGGAAAAAUUUUGUCGAUUUUUAUUUUUAAUAGUUUCGGUUCGGUUAACCGGUGGGACAACCCUGCAUAAUUCUAAUAAUUCUAGAACAUGAGUUUAAUCCUGACCCUUGCCAUAAAACAAUAACUAUAAGCAUCAUUAUAAUCAAAUUUUAAAAACUCAGCCCUCUGCUGGACAAGCCAUAGUUGGCGUUGUCACAUCCAUAGUAGUAGUAGUAAUUGUAACUUGUACGUGUGAGGUUAGUGGACCGUUAAUCAGCCACUAAUGGAAAGGCCGGAGUUGGAUGGAUCAAUAAGUCAAGCGAACGACAGGUGUGUUAUUAUGUGGGCCUUUGGUGAUCACCGGAGCCCAUGUCCAGUUAUUGCUUGACGUUGAAUUCGUUCUUUUUUUUUUCUGUGGUGGGCCGGCUUCAUGGAUCUUAUCAGGGAUUUUUUCCAGAUUGGAAGAUUUUAGCCUUGUCUCCACCCUAGCUAGGAUGAUGACACGCGUCCGGCGGCUUACGUGGAGGGAUCGCUAUCACUCUCAACGUUGCGGAGAUCUUGGGUGAGCGCAUGAUGAUUUCAGGCUUACGCUCUGUUUUGAUUUGAAUGUUUCUGGAUGAGCGCAUGAUGUUAAAAGUUUCUCGCUUUCUUAUAUAAUUUGUUAAAACUAAUUGUUGUAUGAUUGGAUCAUACUACCUGCUAAACCGAUUACAACCCAAUUUGACAACUUUACCAAUCAUCAUCCAUAUUUGGAUCUCCACGUAGCCUAUACUCUUCAACGGAAAAUUAAACCAAAUUGAAACUUGAACAUAACCCAAUGGUUGAGCAUGACAAGCGGCAAUCCAAUGGUAACUAAUCAACUAUCGAAACACAAAAAAACCUAAAUUAGCAACCACACAGAAAACAAAUCUCUAACGUUCAAUCCCCAAAAAUAACUUCUUAUAUAAUCCACAAUGUCCACAUUCCCACAAUGUCUCUUCCUUUUCUCCUUUCAUCAAACUCAUUCCCCCCUCUCCCUCUUUGUGGAUCAGGAAGGGUCAAGGGCCUACCUAGACACCCUUCUCCCUUCCUCUCUUUUCCACCUCUAACAUCAUGAACACCAGAAAUGUAUGGAUGAUCCUCCUUGUCCUGGCCGUCGCCAUGAUAGCAGCCGAAUCGAUAUCGCCCUCACCGUCAGGUGGUCUGAUAUCCUCCAACGAUACAGGAAUGUCGUUGGCCACAUGUGAAGGGAUGGAUGGUCAUUGCUUCGAAGUGGAUGCGGACUUCAUGAUGGAUAUGGAUUCCCCGAGCCAAACCAGGUUGUUGCGGCAGAUGGGGCCGGGGAGGCAAAGGUACAUUACCUACCAAGCACUCAGGGCGAACAGUAUCCCAUGCGGUUGGCGUGGAAACUCCUACUACGAUUGUGAUGCGCACAAGAGGGUCAAUCCUUAUCGUAGGGGUUGCACUGCUGCAACUCGUUGCUUCAGAUACACUCAUUGAAUGAGCAAUCGUGUGGGAUGAUCCGAUCGUGCGUACAAUGUUUACUAAUUCGUGUUAUAUUGGUAAUUGAGGGGUCGAUAAAGUGCAAGAGAGGGUUAGUACUUGAGGGAGAGAGGAUGGAAAUGUAAUGGAAGGAAAAAGGAAGGGACCAAAGGGUGACACAGAAAUGGUGUUUGUUUGUAAAUUAACUCGUCAAUAUAGUCCUCUGGAUUUAUUGCAAUAUAUGUAAUCGUUAAUCCCAUAAGCGCUAAUCUCAUAACUUCGAAUAACUCUAACUCUUAUGCAUCUUGUGGUGAAUUUUUUUGGAUCGAUUGUGUUUCCUCUCUAAUUCCAUUCAUCUAGCUAGUUGAUUCGCUAUAUGAAAUAAAAUUUAUUCUAUAUAUAGUUGUGGUCUUGUGGAUAAGAAUUUUGUUUUUAUUUGGAUAGCUGAUAAGUUCUUGUCGUAUAAUAUUUUUUUUUGUAUACCACUGUAAUUGGAUAAUAGAAGUUUUAAAUUUUAUUUUCUCUCAACAACACAAAUUAUUGAGAUGAGCAUACUCUUGAUAUUUUAUCUGAACAUCAAGCGAUUUACAGGUUUAUACAAAAUUUAAGUCAAACAAGUUGGCUAUUAUUUAAUGGAGCAUGUAAGGAAAUUGCUUAAGAUUUAUUAUGCAAUAUCUCUCAACGGUGCAAAUUAUUAAGAUCAAUCAACUCAUUACACAAAUCUUGGUAAUCUUUGAUAUCAACAUCUAAUUAGUACAUAUAUACACAUUACGAAUACAUACCAUCGACUUCUUCUAACAACUUGAAUUGCUAGAAUUAACUUCCAUAUAUACUUAUAGUACAAAACCGCAAAGAAGGGGAAAAGGCAUUGCCUUCUCGUUUUCUGCCUAAGCACGAAAUAAAGGGAUUAAAAGCAUUUGUUGGUUGCAUGUUACCAUCCAUUCUAUCGUUGCCCUCCUUCACCCACUCUCGUCAUAGAACGUAUCAAAACCAGCAAAAUAGCAAAAUGAAUGGGGUUUCAUCCAAUUCAAGCUAUAGGCUAAUAACAUCCCACGAUUCUCGAAAUCAAAGCCUCUGUUUCUUCCAUACCUAACAAAGACAAUUCAAAUGCCAUCCAAAAAAGAUGUCCCAACUUUGCCUCAACAUUUCCUUUGUGACAUUCAUUACACAGAAUCAUAUCGGGCUAAUUAUGCUAAUGGUCACUAAAUGUUGAAAUCAAUAACAAAUUGGUCAUCAAAUUUUGCCCAUUUUAAUAAAUUUGAUAGUGAAAUUAUUUCUACGGGUGUUAACCUAACCGGGGAGAGACGGACGGUUAUAUGUUACGAGUAUUAAUUAAAAUUUAAAACCAACAUCUCUGGACUUCAAAAUUUGGCCCCAUAAUCAUUGGCCAAACACACGCUGACAAAUCUGGUAGUGAAUUUUGGGAUACUAUCAUAACAAAAUUAUAUUAUCCAUAUGACCAUCUCCAUCACUAGUUAGCGCUCAAUCAAAUUAAUAUGAAGAAAAUGGCAUUUUCAGACCUGAUAAACUAAUAUGGACGACCCAUUGUGACAUGUACCCUAUUUAAAGCAAACUCGUUACUCGACCAAAUUCUAGCUCACAUUGCUUUAACCAAUUCGAAUCAUUCGAUUCAUUUCUCCCUAGAUGUGAUAGCCAAUUAGAACGUUUAUCUGAUUGCCUUUAUAUCAAUAAAGUUUUAAGCGAAUCGACAUACUAGUCCGGACCAAAUCAAAUGGAAAUAAAUGUAAUUACUAUGACUAUUUGUACAUAUAUGAAAUUGGGUUCAAAUUUAGCACCACUAGAAGAAUCAAUGACCCAAUUGUUA